GCCAUUGCCGCAUCUGCUUCCGUCGCGCAAUGCUCUGAAGGGUCUCGAGGUCAUCUUGAUAACCCGCGAUCGCUAUUCAACCCUUCAUGGCCACCCUCAAGGUUGGCAGGAGUCUGCAAAGACUUGCACGCGGCUCCCGCCUCCCUCCCCUCUCCUCCACCAGACAUCUCGCGCCUUCGGUGUCAUAUCUUCACCACAGACCGCGGUACAUCUGCGCGACAUGUCGACUGCAACGUGCCGAAGCCACAGACGCCUUUUCCUCUCAGCUCGCCGCCGUACGACCCAGCCUUCUCGACCAAGUCAAUGCGCCGCCCACCUCCCCUCAAACCCUCACCGAGAAGAUCGUUCAAAAGUACUCGCAAGGUCUCGCAGAAGGCAAAUACGUCAAAGCCGGCGACUACGUCACCCUCGCGCCGCACAAAUGCAUGACGCACGACAACUCCUGGCCCGUCGCGACGAAGUUCAUGUCCAUUGGCGCGUCCAAGAUUCACAACCCGCAGCAGAUAGUCAUGACGCUGGACCACGACGUGCAGAACAAGAGCGAGAAGAAUCUCAAAAAGUACGAGCAGAUUGAGAACUUUGCCAAGACGCAGGGGGUGGACUUCUACCCCGCUGGAAGGGGCAUUGGGCAUCAGAUUAUGGUGGAGGAGGGCUAUGCUUGGCCUGGGACUAUGGCUGUUGCCAGCGACAGUCAUAGCAAUAUGUAUGGUGGGGUGGGAUGUUUGGGGACCCCGGUGGUGAGGACUGAUGCUGCGAGUAUCUGGGCGACCGGCAGGACGUGGUGGCAGAUUCCGCCCGUUGCCAAAGUGACCUUUACUGGGGUCUUGCUUCCUGGCGUUACAGGGAAAGAUGUCAUUGUGGCUCUGUGUGGAUUGUUCAACAACGACGAGGUGCUGAAUCAUGCGAUCGAAUUCACCGGUAACGAGGAAACGAUGAAGAGUUUGCCUGUGGAUGACCGACUGGCCAUUGCAAACAUGACUACAGAAUGGGGUGCUCUCUCCGGCUUGUUCCCAAUUGAUGAUGUCUUGAAAGGCUGGCUCCGAUACAAGGCGACAGAAGCGAGCAUGUACAAGUCACCUCCCCAGACCGCAAGCCUGACAUCCGACCGAUUCAAUCAUCAACGUUUGGAUGAGCUUUUCGCGCAACCUCUAAAGGCGGAUCGAGGCGCAAAGUAUGCGAAGGAGCUAUAUAUCGAUCUGUCCAGCCUCUCGCCGUACGUUUCAGGGCCCAACUCGGUCAAGGUGGCCACACCGCUGGACGAGCUAGAGCGGAUCAAGAUCAGCAUCGACAAGGCAUAUCUCGUGUCCUGCACCAACAGCCGGCGAUCAGACAUUGCCGCCGCGGCCAAAGUCUUCAAAGACGCAGCGGAGGCUAAUGGCGGCAAAAUUCCCAAGAUCGCAGACGGCGUCAACUUCUACAUCUCAGCGGCGUCGUUGCCAGAACAAGAAGCGGCGGAAGAGCAAGGUGACUGGCAAGCUUUGUUGGAGGCCGGGGCGCAACCUCUGCCUUCUGGAUGUGGACCUUGCAUUGGACUUGGCACGGGCCUACUCGAGCCCGGUGAAGUCGGGAUCAGUGCGAGUAACCGCAACUUCAAAGGACGAAUGGGCAGCACGGACGCGAAAGCAUACCUGGCGUCCCCUGAAGUCGUGGCCGCUAGUGCGCUGAAAGGCAAGAUUGCCGGACCAGGAUGGUAUCAGAAGCCAGAGGGCGCCGAGGGUGUGAUCAUGGGCGAAGGCGGAUACGCGACCUACAGCGUCGAGGAUGUUCUCGAAAAGCUCAUCAACGAUGCCGAGUCUGCCAUCCAAGAGGGCGAGAAGAAUCUCGGAGGGAGCGCCGCCACGAGCGAUGCAGAGAUUACUAGCAGCGACAGCCUGACCGAUGUCCUCCCCGGCUUCCCCGAAAAGGUGACCGGCGAGAUCGUCUGGUGCAAUGCAGACAACGUCAACACCGAUGCCAUCUACCCGGGCAAGUACACCUACGACGACGCCUUCUCCUCCGACCCGAAGAAAAUGGCCACCGUGACGAUGGAGAACUACGACCGCAAUUUCUCCUCCAUCGCCAAGACGGGUGAUAUCCUUGUUUCCGGGUUCAACUUUGGUUGCGGCUCUUCUCGCGAACAAGCUGCUACCGCCAUCCUCGCCAAAGGUAUCCCUCUCGUGGUCGCGGGGAGUUUCGGCAACAUUUUCAGCCGGAACAGCAUCAACAACGCUUUGAUGGGCGUCGAGGUGCCGAAGCUGAUCGAGCGGUUAAGAGAAGCAUUCGUCAAUGGCAAGACGGCCAACGCAUCAUCUGCCUCCAUCACUGAACCCGCGCUGAACAGUCAAAGUCUCGACUCGCCGCCGCCCGCCCCGGAAAGCAAGCCGGCAGCGGAGAAAGCGUUGACCAUUCGAACGGGCUGGACUUUCACGUGGGAUGUGCGGAGGAGUCAGGUUGAGAUUCGCGAGGGGGAGAGCGGGGAGAUGUGGACGCAGAAGGUGGGCGAGUUGCCGCCGAAUGUGCAGGAGAUUAUUGCGAGGGGGGGCUUGGAGAAGUGGGUGCAAAAGGAGAUUUCUGCGGGUUGAGAUGGGCUAUUGCGGUAAGGACGGCUUGUACGAAGACGGACCAGGGUUGUACAAAGUACCAGAAGCAUCUGUAAUCGGUCUCCAAACACUUAUGUAAGUGGUCGAUAGCUUACCAAUUUGCCGAAUGGAGCACUUCAAAGCAGCGUGAGGCUGA